UUGCACUAAUUUAGUUCAGUGCAGUGCAAUAUGAACUCGUGCAGUAAUAAAGAACAAACCUUGUGUGAAUUGUAGAGUGUAGAGAGUUGUUGAUUCAUUUUUCUCUUCAUAUAUCUCUGGCACACACGUUUCACUGUGAAUUUGAUAUAAUUACGAUGUCCGAUGAAUCCGAAUUUGAUGUGGAGCCGGAAGAAGUUGAUAUUUACAAAAGAAAAUACCAACUACUGUUGGAGAGAUGCGAAGUUUUACAACAGGAAAAUGAAAGAUUGGUCUACAGAAUCCAGAAAGUGAGGAAGCUUCUACGACGCACGAGAAAAGAGAAAAGAUUCUUGAUCGAUCGAUUGGAUCGACAUGGAGAUCGUUGGCGGGAAGUUCCGAUGGGUGUGCUCGAGGAGAACAGUGUGUUUCAAACGACUCCAAAGUCAGAGAAAGGGGGGAAAGGUAGCUCUCAUAACGCUAAAGAGGAGAAGCCUAGGAAGGGAACGAAGAGAAAGGGCGCGAAAGCUGAUCCAAAUGCACCAAAGAGACCCGCUAAUCCUUUCUUUCAAUUUUGUCAAGAGCAAAGACCACGUGUUAUGGAACGUUUAGCAGGAGAGCCGGAGCCUAGUAAACAAGAACUUACUAGACAGCUUGCGACCACUUGGAAAUCUCUCAGCUCUGAGGAUAAAAAAAUAUAUUACGACAUGUAUGAGAGAUCCAAGGAGAAAUAUGUUGCCGAGAUGCAAAUAUAUAACAAGAAGACUGAGGAAGCGCCAUGUCAAAUGCCGCUAAAUAUAACGUAACUUUGCGUAUCUGCUCUCGAUGACGCGUCAGCUAGUAUGAUGUAUGAUGUAUGAUGUCUGAUGUCGAGAGCAAGACUAAAGAGUCGAGAUAACGUAGAGAUGUUUACAGUGAAGGGGAAACGUAACGAGCAAGGCUUACAUUAUUAACGUAGCGUUUUAAUACAGUUUAGAUUUGUGUCGUUGUAAAUACUUGAUAAAUAUAAAAAGGUAAAUGUUUCGUCUGAAAA